CAUUGCGUAGAGCUGUAAAAUAUCCUAGUCACGAGGGCCACAACCAUGCAAUACCGUGUGCUAGCACUUCUUCUCAGUGUAUGGCUUUUAGGCCAUCAUUGUAUCCUAACAAGCGGCUGCUUCGAGAUCGAAAGGGAGGCACUCCUUACCUUCAAAGCUGGUAUUAUUGAUACCGGCGGUCGAUUGUCUUCAUGGGCCGGUCGGGAUUGUUGUAGCACUUGGAAGGAAGUAGUUUGCGACAACAACACCGGCCACGUUGUGAAGCUCAACCUUCGAAACAACUAUAUGAGUUAUUCCAACCGGUCGGAUUAUUCCCUGCGCGGUGAGAUCAAUUCAUCUUUACUUGUUCUAAGUCAUUUAAGUCGCCUUGAUCUUAGUUGGAAUGAUUUUGGUGGAAUCUCUAUCCCGAAAUUUAUCGGUUCGUUAAAAAGCUUAAUGCAUCUUGAUCUCUCUUUUUCUAAUUUCAGUGGUGAAGUACCUGAGCAACUCGACAACCUAUCUAAUCUUCGCUAUCUUGACCUCUCUUAUUCAAACUUCGUAUGUACAACACCUCCUGCUCAGCUCAACAAUCUGUCUCGUCUGCAUACUCUGCAUCUGACUGCUGCUUUUGCCUCCAACGGCCCUUGUGUCGAUAACCUUUCGUGGCUCUCUCAGUUGUCUUCUAUGAGGGUUCUUGAUUUAAGCAUGCUAAACCUAUCCAAUGCUACAGAUUGGUUGGAAGUAGUAAACACGUUGCAUUCUCUAACAGAUCUAUCGUUACUUGGUUGUUCUCUUACUAAAAUUCCCACAUCUCUUUCUUAUGUCAACUUUACAUCCCUGAAAUUUCUUGAUAUUGGCUCUAAUGGUCCCUUCAAUACCACCCUACCAACUUGGUUGUGGAAUCUUACGGAGCUUUCCUAUCUUGAUCUCGGAUAUUCUGGAUUUCAUGGGAAGAUCCCAGACUCACUUGGAAACUUAACUUCCUUGAACGCCCUAUAUUUAGAAUCUAAUAAUUUUGAAGGUAGUAUACCUACAUCAAUUCAAAAUAUGUGCAAUUUAGUAAGUAUAAACUUGAUCUCUGUUGGCAUCGGCGGAGACAUUGCAGAGUUGGUAAGGCCGUCGCAUUGUCCAUGGAAGAAUAUGGAGGAACUAAUGUUAGGAAAUAACAAGUUUCAUGGGAGUUUAUUUGGAUGGCUAGAGGAGAUUAAGAGUCUAGAUACUCUUGAUCUCAGCAAUAAUUCACUAGCAGGGCCUAUUCCUAGUGGAAUUGGGAGACUCUCAAAUUUGCUAUGGUUAGACCUCUCUUAUAAUUCCUUGCAAGGUGUCAUAUCUGAAGCUCAUUUUGCCAACCUAUCAAAGUUGAAGAUCUUGAGCCUAGAGUCAAAUUCUUUGAUCAUUGACGUGGAUAACAAGUGGAUUCCUCCGUUUCAACUUGGGGAUAUUAUGUUAGGUUCUUGUCAAUUUUCGCCGCCUCUAUUUCCAGCAUGGCUUCGAGGGCAAAUGCAAAUUUUCUCUCUAAAUCUGUCCAACACAGGGAUCACAGACACUAUUCCCGAAUGGUUUUGGAAUUCACCAUAUUGUAGUAACGUAGAUCUCUCUCAUAAUCAGAUUAGAGGCAAGUUGCCCAUGUCCUUGCAAUUUACAAUCCUAGAAGAUCUUAUUUUCAGGUCAAACAAACUGGAAGGCCCAAUUCCAUCUUUGCCAAACACACUCAGAACAUUAGAUCUCUCAAAUAAUUCUAUAUCAGGACCCUUCCUCUCACCAAUCUCAAAUAUGUCGCAGUUAAGAUAUUUGUUACUAUCAAGCAAUCAGAUUAACGGUAGUAUCCCAUCUUAUAUAUGUAAACUAAAAUAUCUAGAAAGUGCUGGACCUAUCAAACAACUCUUUAUCAGGAGAACUCCCUCAAUGCUGGAACAAUUCAUCCCUUUUAGUUUUGGAUUUGUCGAACAACAAUCUUGCCGGCGAAAUUCCUCCUUCAAUUGGUUCGCUGAGCUCGCUCACAUUAUUGCACCUCAACAAUAACACUUUUUAUGGAGAACUUCCUUUGGAACUGCAGCAUUGCAAUAAUUUAUUGUUCCUUGACCUUAGCAGCAAUAAAUUCACGGGGGAAAUUCCGACAUGGAUAGGUGAGAACCUAGAGUAUCUAUCAAUACUGCAGCUGAGGUCAAAUAUGUUUGUGGGCGAAAUUCCUU